AUGUAUGCGAACGCGACGGACGAUAAAAGUGCCCAAAAGUUAUGGGAAUUGAGUGAAGAUUUGGUUAAAUUGGAGGACGAGUACAAACUUCCAAAGAAAAAUUGUUUGAGUCAAAAGCGAUUGGAUGGACGGGUAGUUAUAAUUACCGGCGCCAACGCCGGCAUUGGCAAAGAGACGGCAUAUCAACUAUCACUUCGUGGAGCAAAGAUAAUCAUUGGCUGUAGGGAUGAGUUGAGGGCAGAGAAUGCCAUCAAAGAGAUUGUGUCGAGGAAUCCAAACGCAAACAUAAUUCACAUUAAACUCGAUUUGUCUUCUCUUCAGUCGAUU